AUGUGGAUUGCUUGUUUUCGAUUUGAAUUUAAUACCAUGAUGAUGUUUGAUACUGUUACUAGGCCUACUAGUGAAUUUCCACAUCCUCUGUCCCGUGUCAAGCAACCAGUUGCUUAUAAACUAUCAUAUCAAAUUGUUGAUUCCUUGAUUUGGCUUGGAAUUCGAGAUGUGAUAAAUGGUUUUAGAAAGCAUCAUCUAAAGCUGAGACCUGCUACAUAUUUAAGUGGAUAUUAUAGCUCUGCUCCUGAUUUGCCUUAUGGGUAUAUUUGGAGCCCUCACCUUGUUCCCAAACCAAAAGACUGGGGACCCAAGAUUGAUGUUGUUGGGUUUUGCUUCCUUGACCUUGCAUCAAAUUAUGAACCUCCAGAUGCACUUGUCAAGUGGCUCGAACGCGGUGAUCCCCCUAUCUAUGUUGGUUUUGGUAGUCUUAACUUGCAACAGCCUGUUCAAGAACCAGAGAAGAUGACCCAGAUAAUACUUACUGCUUUGGAAGAAACCGGCCAAAGAGGCAUCAUUAACAAAGGCUGGGGUGGUCUUGGGGAUGUGAAAGAACCUAAGGACUUUGUUUACUUACUGGACAAUUGCCCUCAUGACUGGCUGUUCUUAAGAUGCAAAGCUGUGGUGCAUCAUGGGGGUGCUGGAACAACUGCUGCUGGCCUUAAAGCUGCUUGUCCAACAACCGUUGUACCCUUCUUUGGGGACCAGCCUUUUUGGGGAGAGCAGGUUCAUGCACGAGGAGUCGGUCCUGCACCUAUCCCAAUUGAUGAGUUCUCGCUUGAAAAGUUGGUUGAUGCAAUACGUUUCAUGCUAGAUCCCAAGGUGAAAGGCAGUGCUAUUGAUUUGGCCUUAGCCAUGGAAAAUGAAGAUGGGGCAACAGGUGCAGUGAAAGCCUUCUAUAAACAUUUUCCUGGAAAAAAGUCAGAAUCCGAACCUGAAAAUGAACCUUUGCAUGCUCAUUCAAAAUUACAUUCAAUACGAAACUGGUUUGGUUGCUUUUCGGGUUAA